AUGAGUAAAUAUCACACAGUAGAAGAUAAUCCAAUUGAAUGGGAAUCUGAUCGAAAUUACGGUGUUACAAAGAAUAGUUUUAUAUUCUCUUUUAAGGAUUGUGAUGAUAUUAAGAAACCUAUUUUCAGUCGUGUUAUAAAUGAAAAGUCUGCCAUAUUGAAUAAGCGUACUCAAGAGUCAAGGUCCAUCAAUUGGUGGCGCAGACCAUAUUUUGAAUCAAAAAAGAAAGUUAAAAUGGAAAACUAUAAUCAGAUGGAUGUUCCAACUUCUACUGCCUUUGAUAUUUUUUUCAAUGAAACUAGUACUCGUUUUCUUCCCGUAAUUUGUUUGGAAAAUAUUGGAGAAUUGAGAAAUAUUGCAUUUAAAGCACCUAAUGCGAUAGUUGUAUUUGGAAUUAUACUCGUCUUCCUCAUUUUGUUUAUUUUGGUAAUAAUACCUUCAAAUGUAAUUUAUGUUAAGAUCGCAAUUAACAUCAAUUUGUUAUUGAUCAUGAGAUUUUUUUCUAUAUUAGAAGAUAAACCUAGUAACAAAAAAAGGGGCUGGGGUUGUGUUGUUCUUUUCGCUUUUGAUGAUACUGAGGAAAAGGAUUUAUCAGAGUCACCUCAUGAAUUUAUUCUUGAAAGAUACAUACCUGGUAAUAAUUUACAUAAUGAAAUUAAAAAGACAAACAAGGUUUAUAAGCUUUUUGAUGGAAUUGGUUUAGAAAAGAUAGAUUAUAUCGAAAGUUUUUCUGCUGAUGAUAUUAAGUUCCGCACUCACUUUUGGGAAAAACCUGAAGAUGCUUUUGAUAGGAUUCGUGAUAUGAAUAUUUCUAAUCCCGAAGAAGUCAGAGCUGAAGUUUUGGAAUCACCAUCUCGUCUAUCUCCGGCUCCACCUUUACCUUGUAAUGAAGAUGGAGAUGCAGGAAAUCCUGCCGGAGAAGGAAAUAACACGACAACUUCAUCUGUCCAGCCUCCAUUUUAUGAUGACAAUCAACAAUCAUUGAAUAGUAUGGAUGGUGGGUCCCUUUGGAACCUGGUUGAUAGAGAAUCGGUGUAA